UCAUUUUCCGUUCCGCGAAGUGACAUUUUGUUUCGUAGCAUUUACAAGAGGAAAAAGCUGUGUGUGAAGUUUUUCGCGUGAAAAGACUCAACUGAAGGAUGGAAAGUGUCGCAAAGUCCGUCUCGGUAGAGUCUUCUGCUGCACGGGAUGCCGGAUCGGCGGAAUAUGCUGAGGAUUUGACCGAGCAGGAGACUUGCGCCGAGUCCUGCCAGCACGACUCUGAGUACAACACAGCCAGCGACAGCACGACUUCGGAGACGGGCAUCGAGAAGGUGAGCCAGAAGGCUGAGGUGAUUGAGAUCAGCGACGAUGAGGAGAAUGACGACGACGACGCGCCGGACGACGAGGAGGACGAUGAGGAGGAGGAGGAGGAGGACGUAUCCAGCAUGGAGUCCGGCGAGGAGGACGAGGAGAACCCCGAGAUGACGCAGAGCCAGAUCUUGGAGGCCAAGCGGCAGGUGGACGAUGACGAGGACAGAAGCAAUCCGCAGUACAUACCAAAAAGGGGCACUUUUUACGAGCACGACGACAGAACGGCGGAGAAUGCCGAUGGCGAGACCGCCGAGGCGGAGAUUGAGGGCGAAGGGAGCGAGAAGAAGGUGUCUUUCAGCACUCCGGCGCCGGCGGCGGCCAAGUCCACGAAGAAGUGGCAAUCGUCGGGCGACAGGUGGUCGCACGAUCGCUAUGACGAGAGCGAGCAGGCGCCCAAGUCCAAGGCGGAGCUGGUGAGCGCGUAUGGCUAUGAUAUUCGCAAUGAGGAGAGUCCGCCGCGGGCGAGAAGGCGAAGGCGCUACGGCCGCGGGCCGAGCAAGUACACGCGGAAGUGGGAGGACGAGAAUGCCUACAGCAAGGCCUCGACGCGUCGGAUUGCGCUGAACAACAAGGAGGAGUUCCCGGAGAUUGACGAGAAUCCGGCGGGAAGAGCGCGUCGCCGCGGCGGCGACAGGAAGAUGGGGAGUGAUGAACACGAGCACUACAGUGGCAAGAGUCAGGCGCACUACGAUGAGGGUUACGCGCGAUCGUCGCACGAUAAUAACCAGCUGAAGCCAAAAAAUCUCUCUUCCGGAUUCCGCGUGAAGUCGAGCAUUGAGUUCAAGAAUCAGAAUCGCCUGCGACAGCAGAAUGCCAACGCAGCUUCCGGCGUGGAGCACAAUCGGGCGGAUUCCUUCAUCAUUACGCGCAACAACAACGUGCCAGUGCAGGAGGGCGGCGCCGAGACGCACUUGGAUCACGCGGAUGAGCGCGGCGGUGACUACAAAGGGCGCCAGCUGCACCAGCAGCCGAUGCACGGCAUCAACGGGAACGAGUUCGCGGAGUUCAUGCCCAACUACAUGCACGGCCAGAUGGGGGCGGAUGGCCAGCACGGCGUCCAUCGUGCGCAGUUGGGUCAGCAGGGCGUGAUGCUGCCGCGCGACUUGCCGCUCAACUACGGCGGCGACUCGGUGAAGGCGAUGCAGCAUCAGAGGAAUCACUCCGGCGCCGCCGCGUCGAACAAUCUCGCGCCGAUGGGCAUCAACAGUGAUAACAUGCGCCAGACGCCCAAGCGGUAUUCUUCGCUGCGCCAACGUGCUGUGAUGUCCACAAAUGCUCAAGUCCCUGGCCAGAUGGUGGCGUCGUCUGAGCGUGAGCAGCAGGAGAGGCUGAAGGUGUCACCGCCGCUGCAGAAGCAGCCUCCGGCCGGUCUGUCGGACACUCACGAGAUGGGCGAGUCGCCGAAGAUGAAGUUGCGCCAGCCCAAGUCGCACCAUUCCCAAUCGCCGACACAGCAGCCACUGCAGACGGCCCAGCAGCCGCCGCUGCCGCAGUCCACCAACUUCUACCCGCCGGACUUCAUCCGCCAGCCGCCGCUUCCGGCCCAUCGCGCGACACCUCAAGCCGCGGCGAAGAACCACGCUUCAAUCCCUGGUCAGGCAUAUCAACCACAGUUUGCAGCUAACAACACAACGCCAGCCUUCGUGCCGCCGGCGCAGACGACUCCGGCAUUCAUAGCGCCGCCACCGCAAUCGACAAAUCCUCAGCAGAUCCUGAACUACGUACCACCGCCGAACAUGGGACCCACACCGGCUCAGUUCCCGACGUAUCCGAACUACCCGAACUACAACUCAAUGACAACGCCCAGCAUCCCGCAUCAGAGCCAGGGCGGGAUUACGUACUAUGCGCCGCAGAGUCAACAGCAACCGCGGGCGGUCGUGGCGCAGCGGCGCCCCACGAAUGCCAUCCCGAUCCUGGCGCCGCCAGAGCGCAGCGGCAAGGGGCGCGGCCGGCUGCCGUCGAGUCAAAUGAUGCAGAUGGACAGGGGGGACAGCGAGCUGGGGAGUGACGAGGGGAAGAGCAACGUGGAGAAUAUCGAUCACAUUCUCGACAACAUGUUCACCAGGCGAACGCCGUACGAGCCGCCGUCGCUGAAGCCCUCGUCCUCGCCGCCGCCAGUCUCGCCAGUGGUGUCCAAGGCGGAGUCCGGCGGCGUGGAGCUGGCGGAAGAGGGCCUAAAGAAUCUCUCCGUCGCUUCUGACCAGCAACUGGUGGCCGAAGUGUCGGCCAAGAGUCAGCGGACAGAGGAGAGUCCCGCGAGUGAUCCUGGCCAGGAGGACAACUAACUUAUCGCC